AUGGAUAAAACAGCUUCUACGCAAACUUCGAUAAUAUCAGAACCAUUAUCAAUAAUACAACCUCCAAAUAGUAUAGUACCUUUACAACACCAACAACAACCUUAUGUUCAUUCUUGGACAUUAAGAGGUUUUCAUGAGUUAGUUAGACUCAUGUCUUUUAAUAGUUACCUAUAUAGUGACAGGUUUAGAUCUCCAAGAGGUUUAUUCGACGCGAAUUUACUAUGUCCCCCUGGAACUUGGACAAAUGACUUUUCUUUAUGUUCUGCUCAACCUCAUUUACCACCUCACUUACAAUCUCACUUACAACCUCCUUUACAACCUCCUUUACCACCUCACUUACAACCUUACCUUCACUCUCAACCUCAAGUAACAAAUCCUACUUGUCCAUUUAAUAGUCAAGUAAAUCGUAGGCAAAAAAAUAAUACUCCUCUUUCAAAUGACGAUUCCGCUUAUCUAUGGCGUAUGAGAAUUUAUCCUAAUGGUUCCACUAAAAAAUCUUGUGCUGGUCACAUUUCUAUAUAUCUGGAAGCAAUUCAAACUCUUUUUGAAAAACAAAAUUUUUUUUUUAGACGAAGUGUUCAAUUCAAAUUUUUACUUUAUCGUUUAAUAAAAUCUUCUCAAUCUACUUCUUUAACCGAUUCUUCAAAUAGAUCUGAUGAUAAUUAUCAUAGUUCUUCUACUUUUUCAAGAAAUAAUUCUUUAAUUCAAGAUUCUUCAAAAGAACGUCCUGAAUUAAUUUAUGAAGGUUCUUUACAAAAAUGGGAUUUCGAAUUUCAUGGAAUAAAUUCUACUUAUGGUUUCCCUACUUUAGGAACUUUUCAUGAUUUAUUUCCUUUCGAUGAUAUAAACAUUAAUGAAGUUGAUUUAGUAGUUCGCGUUCAUAUUUAUAAUAAUAAUUCUUUUUUACCUCCUUUCUCGGAUUUAUCUAAUCCUUUUUUCCCUUCCGAUCUUUGUCCUUCUUUAUGUUCUCCGGCUUCUUUUGAAAAAUUCUUUAAUAGUGAUGCUUAUUAUGAUGUGGCUUUUACUUUUGAAAAUGAUGAUCCUCCCGUUGAUCUUCCUUCUUCUCCAUCUGAUCUACCUUGUCCUAAUACUA